CCGGCCAGUGCCUCUGCUUCCGGCUCGAAUUGCUUUCCCAACAAUCGCCUUCAACAUGUCCGAGACUGCGCCCGCCGCGCCUGCUGCACCGGCCCCUGCCGAGAAGACGCCGGUGAAAAAGAAGGCCCGUAAGGCUGCAGGUGCCGCAAAGCGCAAAGCGUCUGGGCCCCCGGUGUCCGAGCUCAUCACCAAGGCUGUCGCCGCCUCCAAGGAGCGCAGCGGCGUGUCUCUGGCUGCGCUCAAGAAGGCGCUGGCGGCCGCGGGCUACGAUGUAGAGAAGAAUAACAGUCGGAUCAAGCUGGGUCUCAAGAGCUUGGUGAGCAAGGGCACUCUGGUACAGACCAAGGGCACCGGCGCCUCGGGUUCUUUCAAGCUGAACAGGAAGGCGGCUACCGGGGAGGCUAAGCCCAAAGCCAAGAAGGCGGGCGCGGCCAAGCCCAAGAAGCCCGCAGGAGGGGCUAAGAAGCCCAAGAAGGCGACGGGGGCGGCCACCCCCAAGAAGAGCGCCAAGAAGACCCCAAAGAAGGCGAAGAAGCCUGUCGCGGCUGCAGGAGCCAAAAAAGCUAAGAGUCCGAAAAAAGCGAAAGCAGCCAAGCCGAAGAAGGCGCCCAAGAGCCCAGCGAAAGCUAAGGCGGUGAAGCCCAAGGCGGCUAAACCAAAGACCGCCAAACCUAAGGCAGCCAAGCCAAAGAAGGCGGCAGCCAAGAAGAAAUAGGAAGUUUCUUUGGCCUAAGGCUUAGAAGCUCGACACAACCCAAA